AUGUGCUACGACCGCUACGUGUCCAUCUGCAAACCCCUGCACUACGGGACCCUCCUGGGCAGCAGAGCUUGUGCCCACAUGGCAGCAGCUGCCUGGGCCAGUGCCUUUCUCUAUUCACUGCUGCACACAGCCAAUACAUUUUCCCUGCCCCUGUGCCAUGCCAAUGCCCUGGGCCAGUUCUUCUGUGAAAUCCCACAGAUCCUCAAGCUCUCCUGCUCCAAAUCCUACCUCAGGGAACUUGGGCUUCUUGCUUUUAGUGCCUGUUUAGGUUUUGGUUGUUUUGUGUUCAUUGUUUUCUCCUAUGUGCAGAUCUUCAGGGCUGUGCUGAGGAUCCCCUCUGAGCAGGGACGGCACAAAGCCUUUUCCACCUGCCUCCCUCACCUGGCCGUGGUCUCCCUGUUCCUCAGCACUGGCACAUUUGCCUACCUGAAGCCCCCCUCCAUCUCCUCCCCAUCCCUGGAUCUAGCACUGUCAGUUCUGUACUCGGUGGUGCCUCCAGCCCUAAACCCCCUCAUCUACAGCCUGAGGAACCAGGAGCUCAAGGCUGGAGUGGAGAGACUGAUGACUGGAUGGUUUCACAAGCAUUAA